GUGUGUUGGUGGUCUUUCUCUGGUCUGUAGCAGUGGUACUGGGUCAGUAUGGCUGGAGAGUGAAAUACACCACUCAGAGUAUCUGUGCCUUGAAGGGGUCAACAGUGGAGAUGUCCUGCUCUUACACAUAUCCCAGUGGUACAGUCACAUCAACCUUCUGGUUCACAAAAAAUGAUGCUGAAGGGGAUUAUGUAAAUCUGAGUGAUGACCCAGACUACAAAGGUCGUGUGACGUACCUUAGCAAUGUGACGAAUGGACACACCCUGACAAUCACAAACCUGAGAGAGAGUGACUCAGCUACGUACAAGUUCAGAUUUAUAACAGAUCCGACAGGAGGGAAAUAUUUUGAUAUCCCUGGAGUCACUUUGUCUGUUACAGACCUGCAGGUGAAGGUGACCACUACAUGGUGGUCAACGACACUGACCUGUAGCACCACCUGUACUCUGACUGGUAACCCCACCUACAUCUGGUACAGGAACAGUAAGAUUGUACAAGAGUUCUCCUCCCCCUCGUACACAUUCUACUUUAAAACUGAAGACAGCUUCUACUGUGCUGUAAAAGGCAUCAUUUCUCCUGCAGUGUUCUCCUCGUCCUUACCUCUGGCCUCCCCAGUCCUCCUGUCCCAUACCUUCUGGGCCUCCCCAGUCUCCUGUCCAUACCUCUGGCCAGUCCCCCAGUCUCCUGUCCCAUACCUCAGGCCUCCCCAGUCCCUGUCCAUACCUCUGGCCUCCCCUAGGCUCCUGUCCCAUACUCUGGCCUUCCCUAACUUCCUGUCCAUACCUCUGCUCCUGUCCAUGCCCGUCCCCAGUGCCUCCUGUUCUGCCAUACCUCUGGCCUCCCCCAGUCUCCUGUCCUAUACCUUGGCCUCCUCCAGUCCAACCUCUGGCCUUCCCAGAUCUCCUGUCCCAUACCUCUGGCUCCCCUAG